AAGAGAAAAAAAAAUUCUAAAUUUUCGGUCCCCCACCCAGGCAGCCCCGUCUUUGUUGGGUUCUUCCUCUCCAUACAGUCCGUCACUCGCUACUGCAAGUCCCAGUUAGACGUUGGGCAUCAAAUAUCGGAGGGCUUGUUGUUGCUUUCCAAUCCUAAUCCUAAAGAAGGGAUCCGACUUGUGAGAGUGCGAGUGUUAGAAUGACAAGUCAGCUGCGGCGUAGUUUGCUGCAGGCGAUGAAACAAAUUAAGCAACUGCCACCAGCCUUUCCUCACCCUCUUCCAUUUCUUCGUUCUUACUCAACAGAGUUGCAACCUCAGUUAUCGCCAAAGCUUGUUAAGAUCAUGGAGCAAAGGCUAUCGCUUAUCGAACAAAGGAAUGCUUGUCUCCUCAGUAUCAUAAACCAGCCGGAUGCCACGGCAGAAGAGUAUGCAAGGGCGAAUAAGGAGCUUCGCAAAAUUAGCUCAUCCAUGGACCUUAUAAAUCAGUUAAGAGCCAUACACAAGGAGAUUGAUGGGUUGAGGUCACUCAUGGCUGAAUCUGCUCAAGAUAAAGACAUGCUUGAUAUGGUGACCACUGAGUUGGAUCAGGCCAUCAACGAAGAGAAAAGACUGCACAACCUGUUGCUCAAGACUCUGCUCCCCAAGGAUGAUGCCGAUGAGAGGGAUUGCAUAUUGGAGGUUAGAGCAGGAACUGGUGGGGAGGAGGCUUCUUUGUUUGCAAUGGACAUAUUUAAAAUGUAUGAGAGAUUCUCUCACAAUAAAGGCUGGAUGUUUGAAGUGUUGGAUAUUACCGAGUCUGAUCUUAAAGGAUAUAAGGAAGCAAGUGCGGCAAUCUCAGGGGCUGAUGUUUAUGGGAAACUUAAAUUUGAGAGUGGUAUUCACAGAGUACAGCGAGUUCCCGUGACAGAGAAGUCUGGACGCAUUCAUACUAGUGCUGUUUCUGUUGCUAUCCUCCCCCAAGCUGAUCAGGUAGAUGUCCACCUGAGGAACGAAGAUUUGAAAAUUGAUACCUAUAGAUCUGGUGGUUCUGGGGGUCAGCAUGCAAAUACUACAAACAGUGCGGUUAGAAUAACUCAUAUUCCAACUGGGAUGACCAUAGCCAUACAAGAUGAACGAUCCCAACAUAUGAACAAGGCCAAGGCACUUAAAGUACUGUGUGCAAAGCUAUAUGAGAUGGAAAGGUCUAGACUACAGAACAAUCGGUCAAAACUUCGAUUAGAGCAGAUUGGUAGUGGGGAUCGAUCUGAACGCAUUCGUACAUACAACUUUCCUCAAGGUCGUGUAACUGAUCAUCGUGUUGGCAUUACUCAUCAUGCAAUAAGUGAUGUGAUGCAGGGAGAGAAUCUGGAUGUGUUUGUUGAUGCACUUCUUUUGCAGCAGGAAAUGGAUGCAAUCGCAUCUUUCAGUUCUUCCCAAUGAAACCUGACAACUAGUAGCGCAUGGGUUUUUUGCCAACCACUUGACAAUUGGUUUUAGCAUCCUAUGCAGCCUCUUUUAGAGUUCAGGGAUCUAAUUAUCUUCUUGAUUUAAUACCAUAAAUUGGUUGAUAUUUUAAAUUUUCUUUUCCUUUUA